AUGCGAUCAUCAGUCUUGACGGCCCUCGUGGCUGCACUCGUCUCGACCGUCUCAGCACAGACAAGCACGUCCUGUCAACCCCUAAACGAGACAUGUCCGCCUGAUCCGGCCCUCAGUACAUCACAUACCUGGAACAUCAGUGCCAGCUCGCAACUAGACAACAUUUGGAAUAUCACCAACGGUGUGCUGAACUACACAGACGACGCCGUCGGCUUCACAAUCAACAAGAAACUCGACUCGCCGACCAUCAGAUCCACAUUCUACAUCUUCUUCGGCCGCUUGGAAUACCACGUUCGGGCUGCUCCCGGUCAUGGUGUGAUUAGCAGUGUGGUCCUUCAAUCAGAUGAUCUUGACGAAGUUGAUUGGGAGUGGGUGGGUUCAGAACCUAACACGGUUCAGACAAAUUUCUUUGGAAAGGGACAGACCAUUGAUGGUACGGCCGAAUAUUUCAAUAUCAGCAGCAGUACUCACGACGAAUACCACAACUACACAACAUGGUGGGACAAGGAAAAACUCGAGUGGUGGGUCGAUGGCCAAUUAUUGCGCACCGUUACACCCUCAAACUCCUCCAACAGUACCUACGACUGGUACCCUCAAACACCCAUGAACAUCCGUAUCGGAGUCUGGCCCGGCGGUGACCCUAAUGGCGCUCCUGGUACGAUUCAAUGGGCUGGAGGUGUGAUUGAUUACGAUGCUGGUCCAUAUACCAUGUUUGUGUCGCAAGUUUCGGCACAGGACUUUUCCACGGGCAAGGAGUACAAUUACACCGACCAUUCGGGAUCAUGGGAGAGCAUCAACAUUGUUGCUGGCAACUCAACGGCCGAACAACAGAUCAAUGCCGUUCACCUCACUCUCUCCCAGAGAUGGAACAACCUGUCUUCCGGCGUCAGAAUCGGUAUUAUCGCUGGCGCCAGCUCAGUCGUUGGUAUCGCUGCUCUCGCCUUUUUGUUGUGCUGUAUUCGCCAACGACGACUCGGCAAGCGUGAAUGGAAUGCCCAAAACAACCAGUGGAUGCAAGAGCGUACAGAUAUGAUGAAUAUGCAGGCUGAGUGGAGGCAAAAGGGAUACGUUGAGAUGAAGUAG